AUGGAGGUCUCUACGGCUUCAGAAAUCUUGAUUCUCCUUGCUGCCUUGAUUUGGCCUUGCGCCGAAAACAUCAACGUGAAAAUAAGUUGUUCUAUGGACUGGUUGCUGGUCUCUGUAAGCCCAUGUGCAUACAGCAGCAAUUUGUAUAUAUUUGCUGAUGAAUUAUGUCUGGGAUCGGGUUGCCCUGUGACUCGGAUACAAACAUAUGCCUAUGAUUUUAUAUACCCUGUGCAUGACUGUGGGAUCAGGACAAAGGUUGUUUCAGAGGAUACUCUCCUUUUUCAAACAGAGGUGUACUUUAACCCUAGGAAUAUACAUUGUGACCAUCAGAAAAUCCCUUUGGAAUGUUUUGCCUCUAGGAAAUCAGUGUGGCUUACACCAGUUUCUACAGAUAAUGAAAUAAAAUUGGAUCCCAGUCCCUUUAUUGCUGAUUUUGAGACAACACCAGAAGAGUUAGGAUUAUUAAAUUCUAGUCAAACUGACUCCAUAUUUAAGGAGAAAUUGAAACUUGGAAAUUGGGCUCAUGAAUUUUGUUGGAAAAACAAUGGUUUUAUACAAAAAUAA